UUUCAAUUUACUAAAAUAAUUCAAGUUCUCCAUUAUAAACUUUCAGCCUAUAGUUUAACUUAAGAAACUCAUUCUGAAAAUAUGGAUAUUGGAAAGCGCAAAAGUCUUAUGUCACCAGCUACGCAACGAAAAGUUGCAAAGCGGAUUAAAGCACUGAAAUUGAAGAGAUGUAUCAGUUCUCACUUCUCAACUGACGAUGAAAAAAAUUCAAGUGUUAAUACCUCAGGUAGGCACAGCCAAUCUUCUAGUAACUCUGUUAAAGAAGACGUCUCAAAGAAUAAAUCAACUAAAAGAAAACAUUCAUCACAUCGAUCUUCUGUUUCAAGUGGUUCAUCCACCUCAGAAACUGGUAGUUUAUCAAACUCAUCUGGUAGUUCAUCUAAUACAAGUAAUUCAUCAAAUUCUGAAUCGUCAAGUGCCAGUCAAUUGAGUGAAGAGAGCAGUUCAUCUGACGAUUCCAGUAUCGAAACAGGUCAAGUUACAAAAAAUAGUACUCCUAGUUCCACUACUCCUAAAAAUUGUGACUCUGAAGCUAAUCGUUCUGCUUUUCAAUCCAUACUAAGCCGUUCAAAAAUUUCAAUAAAUAAAAUUCGCCGCACAGUUACUAUGAGCCGUAAUGCUAGUUCCAAUACUUGUAAUAAUGCAAGUAACUCUUCCACUUCGGGUUCUGAAGAUGGCAGUAGAACAACUGCUCGCCGCUCUAUAAUUCGUCUAACCAAACGUACUCGCCGUUUAAAAAGUACUUAUUCAAUCGGCACUGACAGUUCUAGUAAUUCGUUGUCUUCAACGACAUCCAAAAUGGUUAGUUAUUCUAGCUCUAAAAGUUCAAGUUCUACAGAUGAGUCUGUUCACCCUCAACGUCGUAAAAGAUGUGCAAAUUAUGGUGGACCAGCAUCAACAUCCCUAAAACGGUAUGGAAAUAGACUAUGUAAAUAUAAUGUUUCUCAGUACAAACACGCCAAUAAAGGGUAUCCAAAAAGAAAAAAUUCACGUAAAAACCCAAAGCCAAAUAAACGUAUCGUUGUGUUCGGGCUGAGUCCACUUACAGGAGUGCUUAACUUACGUUUACUCUUUCAGCAAUACGGUAAAAUUAGAUAUGUGAAAAUCAUCAAAGACCGUUUGACAACCCGUUCUAGAGGUUUCGCUUUUAUCAAAUUCAAACACAAAUCGGAUGCCCAAAAAGCUGUUGCACGUAGUCAGAAUAUGAAUAUUAACGGUUGGAUUGUGCGUCCAACUUUCUCGCUAAAUUAAUAACCAUAAACUUAUAGUGAUGGUUUCAGACCCACAUUUUAUUAAACCGAAGAGAAACUAAAAAUUAUGCUAAAAAAAUGCGGGUCUACUAUUAUCAAGGAAAACAUAAAACCAUUUAGUUGGUCUCUACGACUACCUAAAAUAAUUUGCUAUUGUUUAUAUAAAUCAGUCUAAUUUCCUAUUUCCUUUUUUCUUUUAAAACUUUUAUCAUUUUAAAUUGUGUUUAGCAAAACAUUUAUUUUUUUGUAAUUGAAACAUACUAAUUGCAAGAUUUAAAAACUUCAAUCAUCUAUUCAAAGUUUGUAACUUAAAGAAUCCUCAUAUACUUCAAAUAAACAUACGCCUACAUA